UCUAAUUAUAAGAACUGUUGGAGCAUAUGGUGUCAAAUUUCUUAAAGAAACAAUUGAAACAAACCAAGAAACCAAAUAUUUGACCUAAUUGAGAAAUAAACAAUGCAAUGCCGGCUGAUCUGUUAGCCCCCAUUAUGAAGUUUAAUCUUCUGUUGGUAUUAUCCCUAUGUCUUCACUGAAUACUUCUAAAGUUAGUUAACAUCAAUGAGGAGUAAAACCAACAAGAACACUCAAAUACGAUGCUUACAAUGAAUGCUGUUUGUUUUUUAAAGUGAAGCAAAAUCUAUAUAAAAGAAGAAAAAUAGCAACAUUAAUGGUCAAAAUCCCCCACGUCCACCUUCUGUUGCAUUGUGAAGAUGAGAGGUGCAUUUGUUUUAGUCCUCUCUCUUCUGUGCCUCGCGGUUUCUGUACAAUGUUACAGUGGGAGAAAAUAUGACCCUCUCGGAAAAUUUAUUAAGGAUCGACGCUCAAAAAGAUCGGUCAAUAAUCCUGCAGAGGAUCUUGUGUUGACUGAUUAUUCACCAGUUUAUGUAGCACCUCAGGAGGGAUUAAAGGAACUUGACAAGAUAUUAUCCUUGCCUGGACAACCUGAGGUAAAUUUCUCUCAGUAUUCAGGGUACGUAACUGUUGAUCCUAAGGCUGGCCGGGCACUGUUUUACUAUUUUACUGAAUCUGAAGACCGUUUCAGCAAACCUCUGGUGCUGUGGCUAAAUGGAGGACCGGGCUGCUCUUCCAUAGGAGCUGGUGCAAUGACAGAACUUGGACCGUUUCGGGUCAAUCCGGAUGGCAAAACUCUAUGGUAUAACCGAUAUGCAUGGAACAAUGUGGCAAAUGUCCUCUUCUUGGAGUCCCCAGCUGGUGUUGGAUUUUCUUAUUCCAAUACAUCAUCAGAUUAUGUUACUGGGGACAAAAAAACUGCAGCAGAUUCGUAUAACUUUUUAGUUAACUGGCUAGAAAGAUAUCCAGAGUACAAAACACGUGGUUUUUACAUAACGGGAGAGAGUUAUGCUGGUCAUUAUGUGCCCCAGCUUGCUGAUUUGAUACUUGAAAACAACAAAAUCACAAAUCAAACUGUCAUUAACCUCAAAGGAAUUGCUAUUGGGAAUGCAUUAAUUGACGAUACGGAUACAGAAGCAGGCACUUUUGACCAUUUCUGGACAAGUGCUCUCAUUUCUGAUGAAGUUCAUGAAGGAAUAAAAUCAAAUUGCAAUUUUUCAUCUGCCAAUAAUUCAGAAGUCUGUUACGAUUACAGAGAACAAGCCUAUGAAACCAUAGGCAACAUCUACACUUAUGACAUAUAUGCCCCCUUGUGCUCUUCCUCUUCAAGUGCUCCCGGGGUAUCAAAUUUCGAUCCAUGCUCAAGCGAUUAUGUCUUUGAUUAUUUAAACAAUCCUGAAGUGCAAAAGGCACUUCAUGCUAACAUAACUGGAGUUCCUGGACCGUGGGAAGAUUGCAACGACAUCAUCAGUACUGGCUGGCAGGACUCACCAUAUACAUUAUUGCCUACCAUAAAGAAGCUAAUGGAAAGCGGCAUCAGAGUUUGGAUCUACAGUGGAGAUACAGAUCGGAUAAUACCAGUUACAGCAACUAGGUAUUCAAUGCCCAAACUCGGGUCACCUAUAAAGACUCCAUGGUAUCCCUGGGACUCUCAAGGCGAGGUUGGAGGUUACGUAGUUGACUAUCAAAAUGUGACAUUUGUGACUAUAAGAGGAUCGGGACAUUUUGUUCCGAGUUACCAGCCUGAGCGCGCGCUCAUCUUCUUCUCAUCCUUCAUUGAGGGAAAGCUUCCUCCAGCACAGGGCUAAAGGGGGAAUCAAGAUAGACACGAAUAAAAUGUUUGAACUGUUCAUUUUUACAAUUGUAAGUUA